CUUUGGAGACAAACCAUUUCACUUGUGGCGUCUGCAUCAAGUCUAAAAGCAGAAGACCAAGUUUAACAGAAUCAAGCUUAAAAUCAUUGCCUUAGCUCGAGUCUUUCUUCCUCUAAACAAGUUGGAAGUGGAAAAGGAAAAAAGAAAAAAAAGUCGGCCAUUAGAGUUUCUGGAAUUACACCCCUCCCCCCAUCAUCUUCUCUCCGUAAACCUCACCUCCAAUCCUGGACAGAAUUGGAAAGAAAGGGAGAGUGAGAGAGAGGGAGAGUGAGCGUGGAUGUUUGUGUGUGCGCGUGUGAGAGAGCGAGGGGGAGUGCUCUCAAUUUGAAAGUUUGAUGAUGACCAUGACUACGAUGGCUGACAAUCUGGAAGCCCCGGACUCGUCAAAGUCUGCUUUCAUGGAGUUUGGUCAGCAACAGCAGAGCUCACCGUCCAUGGCUGCCGGUCACCACCAUCACUAUCCGUUGCACUGCUUGCACUCGACCUCGCAUCCACAUCAUCCUCACCAUCACCAGCAUACCGAAAGCAGCUCGCCAUACCCGCCUGGGUCAGCCAACUCAUACAGUCGUCCAUCUUCGCUCGCCACCUAUCCUUACCUGAGCCAUGGGCAACACAGCCCCUACCUGCCUUCAACCUACCACCCCGGCAAUGGUAGUGGUAUCAACCAACAGCGAGCAGAGGAUGCAGAUCCACAGAAAACUACAGUAAUAGAAAACGGUGAGAUACGGUUUAAUGGUAAAGGGAAAAAGAUUCGCAAACCUAGAACCAUUUAUUCAAGCCUCCAGCUUCAAGCUUUGAAUCAUCGGUUCCAGCAAACUCAAUACCUGGCACUACCGGAAAGGGCUGAACUUGCAGCUUCGCUGGGACUUACCCAGACACAGGUAAAAAUAUGGUUCCAAAAUAAGCGAUCCAAAUUUAAGAAAUUGCUUAAGCAAGGCAACAAUCCACACGAAACUGACCCUAUGCCAGGUUCUGCUGCUCUUUCUCCUCGAUCACCUGGUAUUCAACCUGUCUGGGAUGUGUCAGCCUCAACCAAAGGAGUAAACAUGCCUCCGAACAGUUACAUGUCUGGGUAUUCACACUGGUACCCUUCCCCACAUCAAGAUACAAUGCAACGUCCACAAAUGAUGUAAAGUGCCAGGAGGCAACAGUAUAUGCUUGAUUCUCUAGUGUGGCAAAAGUGCUCAGUGCCCAGGCUGUUUGUUGGUGGUUCUCCUAAACAAGCUCUUAGUGCAUCAAUAGCAAGUGACCUCUGAACAAAAUAAGCAAUGCGGGUGAACCAAGAGGCAUAUAUGUGCACUUAUAGCUAAAUUUGAUGACAGCAAACACGGUUGUUCUCCUUCAACGCAAGGGAAUGCUUAGCUGUGGGUGCCAAUAAACAAUGGAAAUUAAAAAUAUUGUAGCGAGGUACGUCACAAAUUAUUGGUGCCAUACAGUGUCCGAGUGCGCUCUGUUUAAUAAAGGACUUCAGUGAACAUCUAUUUUGGUUCAUACUGUUGGAACGUUCAGUUAGAAAGUUAAACCAGAUAUGGAAUCUCUACAUAAUAAAAAGGCACUCGAAGGCAGUGUUUUGGGAGCAAACCUUCAGAGCACCUAACUGACUUAGCAAUCUUCGGUAUCCAUAAAAAGGUGGUGGCAUUCACUGAUCUUUAAACAGUCAGGAUUGGACCUGUAAAAUGUUUUUCUAAAGUCAGAUAUGUGGUUUAGCACAACCUUUUUUAACACCAUGUUUGAAACCUUACAAAAACAAUGUAUAUGUAUAUAACGCUGAAAAUUUGCUGUGUAUAUAUUUUGUAUAUGUUUUGUUUCUCUUUCAUAUUAAUGGAGUAAAAAUCUUUUAAAUCGUG